CCUCUGACCAUCUGCGCUCGCUUUGCUUUUUCUUCCCCGUCUUUUUCUUCCAACCUCUGCUUUGUCAACUACUGUGAGGAUUUGUCCUUCUCACUCGUUUGUCCGCCCCUCCAUCCCCUGUGCCUUAAAUCGCCUCGUCUUUCCUCGGUCGCCGAUCUUUGUACCUUUUUUCAUUUUUACUUUUUAAUUGGGCUCCGCAGUGACGUCGCAUAACUACUCUUUAGCACUUAGUAAUCUACCUAGUACCUACCUUCUCCGGACAUUCCUCGCAUUCUUCACCUGACCCGCUCGUCUCGCGAUUUUUGCGCUCGUUUGCCGGCGCCUCAUGCGCUCUUGUUGACCUCGUUUCGAUGCUGCGAUCGUUUCAGUCUCUUGCUGGAUUCUAAUCCUCUCUGAUCUCCGACAAUGAAACUAUCGAGUCGGACGUGGACGACCUUGGUGACCGUCGUCCUUGCCGGCCAAGGAGCGGUCACCGCGCUCGAGCUGGACAUUAAUGAUGUUCAAUCGAUCAAGGAUGCGGCUGCGACAACGGCCUACAACAUGAUGAGUAACUACACCGGCAACCAGACCGGCCAGAUUCCUGGAAAACUGCCCGACACGUGGUGGGAAGGCGGCGCCAUGUUCAUGACUUUAAUUCAAUACUGGUACUGGACCGGCGACACGUCGUACAACGAAGUCACCACUCAGGGUAUGCUCUUCCAGAAGGGCAACAACGAUUACUUCCCUUCGAACUACAGUAACUAUCUCGGCAACGACGACCAGGUGUUCUGGGGAUUGGCCGCUAUGACUGCGGCAGAGCUCAACUACCCCGAGGAAGAUGGCCAGCCGUCGUGGGUGUCGCUUGCGCAGGGUGUGUUCAACACUCAGGUGCCGCGCUGGGACACGUCCACCUGUCACGGUGGCCUGCGCUGGCAAAUCUCUACCUACCAGGAGGGCUACCGAACCAAGAACGCCAUCUCGAAUGGCGGUCUCUUCCAGCUUGCGGCACGACUCGCGCGGUAUACCAACAACGAGACAUACUCACAGUGGGCGGAAAGAAUAUGGGAUUGGUCUGCGACAACCCCGCUGCUCAAGGAGUCGGACUGGACUAUCGCCGAUACCACUACGCCUGAUACUGAAUGCACGGACCAUGGAGAUCUCCAAUGGACCUAUAACUAUGGCACAUAUGUCAGUGGUGCUGCUUAUAUGUAUAAUUACACCAAUGGAGGCGACAAAUGGAAGAAGGGUCUUGAUGGCUUACUGGGCACCACGUUCAAGCGGUUCUUCCCCUUUCAGAAUGGCAUGGUCAUGUCUGAAAUUGCCUGUGAGCCGAACAUGAAGUGCGAUCGCAACCAGGACUGUUUCAAGGGCUUCCUUUCCUCCUGGUUAACUUUUAUUACGACCAUCGCCCCCUACACGUCGUCCGAGAUUGUCCCGAGGAUCCAGCAGUCGGCACUUGCGGCAGCCAAACAGUGUUCUGGCGGUGCGAAUCAGACUCUCUGCGGGCGGCGCUGGCAUCAGGACACCUUUGACGGAACGAGUUCAUUAGAGGGGCAGAUGAGCGCCUUGAGCGUCUUUUCGUCCUCGAUGAUUGCCCACAAGAUGCAGGCUCAAGCGCCGUUGACCGCAGACACUGGAGGUACGAGUAAGGGUAACGCGAGCGCGGGCACAGGGACAGAGCAAGCCCGCCCUCAACCGCAGCCAGUCACAACGGGGGAUCGUGCUGGUGCGGGAAUUGUGACUGUGGUCUUCCUCAGUGGCUGGAUCGCAGCAGUGACCUGGAUGGUGUACGGGAGAUAAAAGCGUUCCAGCAAUCCGCUUCAAUGUUGCGCAAUCAUGAUGAUUUGUAUAUACUUUGCGGAUGAUUGGUAUCUGAGGAGGAGAGCACAUGGACCCACGUCCUCCUCCAAUCCGCCUUCUUUUGUGCUACGGUUGCAUGUUACUAUUUGUAUUCUAGGGGACUUGUAUGACCUCCGAUCUAGGCUUCUCUGUGUUGGAGUUGAGGCGUCCGGAGGAGCGAAAGAUCUUGACAUCUUCAGUUCUUCCUUGAUCAUGGCUUUUUUUCUAUAAGGAACCACCCCGUUUUAGCGUCUUAUGAGUGACAGGUACAAUAU